GCACGCCGGGAAGGGGCGUGGCCAGCGCUGUCAUGGCGGCGCCCAUGGAGAGAGCCCCGCCCCCCGCCGAGACCACCCACGAAGCAGCGGAGGAGCCAAUGGGUCUCCCCCCCCUCUCUCCGGACCACCCCCCCCGGCUCCUGGGGGGGGCUCAGGACGAGUUCCGGCUCCGGCCCCACAACUUCCUGCGGGGCUGCAAGUGGGCCCCCGACGGCUCCUGUGUGCUGAGCUGCAGCGCUGACAACACCCUGCGGCUGUUCAACCUGCCUGCCUGCCCCCCCCCGGGGCAGGACCUGCUGCAGCUGGAGCUGGCGCUGCGCGUGCACGAGGGUGACAUCAUCUACGACUUCACCUGGUUCCCACACAUGAACUCCAGGGACCCCCAGACCUGCCUGAUGGCCUCCAGCAGCCGGGACAACCCCGUCCACCUCUGGGAUGCCUUCGAUGGGACCCUGAGGGGCUCCUUCUGCGCCUACAACCACCUGGAGGUGCUCUGUGCCCCACACUCUCUCUGCUUCACCCUGGAUGGUUCUCGGCUCCUCGGAGGCUUCAAAGGCUCCGUCCGGAUCUUCCCUAUGGAGCGGCCGGGGAGGGGCCAGGAGGAGCACGUGCUGCGCUAUGGCAGCAAGCGCCAGGGUGGCCCCAUUGGCUGCCUGGCAAUGAGCCCCAGCCAAUCAGUGUUCGCCUGCGGCUCCUAUGGGCGGAGCCUGGGGCUGUACGCGCUGGGAGGGGGCGGGGCCUUGUUGUUCUGGCCCCGCCUCCCCGCGGCCCCCACCCAACUGCUCUUCAGCCAUGAUGGACUCCGACUCUAUGUGGGGGGGCGCAAGGACACCCACAUCCUGUGCUGGGACCUGCGGCUGCCGGACCGCCCCCUGCUGGCCAUGGAGCGCCACGUGACCACCAACCAGCGCGUGACCUUUGACCUUGACCCGACAGGCCGGUACCUGGUGAGCGGUGACACCAGAGGCUUUGUCAGCCUAUGGGACACUGUAGGGACCCCCCCGGAAGGGACGGACCUUCCAUUGCUGUCCCCAGUGCUGCGGUUCAGGGCCCUGCAGGACUGCAUCAAUGGCACCAGUUUACACCCUCAGCUCCCAUUGUUGGCCACAUCCUCGGGGCAGCGGCUGUUCCCACCGCUAUGGAGCAGUGACGAGGAGGAGGAUGAGCCCCCACCGGGGGGGGACAAUCGGCUCCAGCUCUGGUGGUGGGGGCAUGAACCCCCUGAGGACAACGGCUGGUGCAUGGCCAUGGACAGCGAGCAGGAGGACACCCAUUGUCAUCCUAUGGGGGGCACCGACUGUGACACCGACUGUCAGCUUAUUGAGGACACUCAUUGUCACCCUACGGGGGGCACAGGCAGUGAUGCCGAUUGUCAGCUUGUUGAGGACACCCAUUGUCACCCUACGGGGGGCACCGACUGUGACGCUGACAGUCACCCUAUGGGGGACGCCCAUUGUCACCCUAUGGGGGGCACCGAUUGUGAUGCCGACUGUCAGCAUAUUGAGGACACCCAUUGUCACCCGAUGGGGGACACCCAUUGUCACCCUAUUGAGGAUGACCAUUGUCACCCUGCUGAGGACACCGACUGUGACACCCAUUGUCACCCUACUGAGGACACCGGGACAGUGUCUGGCGACUGUCACCCCCCUGGGGACACCGACUGUGAUGCCAGCAUUGACUACCCCAUGUCCUCUGAGUGUGACCCUGCCCAGGGACACUGAAUGUCACCCCAUGGUGACACCACCUGUGACACUGUCACCUACAGCCCCACAGGUAACCCCCCCAGGGCUGGUGGGUUGUGUCUGGGGGAGGUUUGGGGGUUGUUUUCAGGCUGUUGUGGGUCCAAGUGAGUUUUGGGGUCUCCCGUAUGGGUCUAAUGGAGGAUGUGGGUGUUCAGGGAGGUCAGGGCUUGUGUUGGGGGUUGCAUUGGCACUUGUUGGGGGUUGUUGUUAGGAUGCUGUUGGGUACACAUGCGGUUUGGGGGGAGUUUCAGGGUUUCCCCCCCUUUUGUAUUAAAGACACUGUGACUGUUA